AUGGAUGAUGAGUUAAAUUUAACAUAUAUAACACUUGGUGGGCAUGUGGAAGUUCAUAAAUAUAGAUUCCUUUAUUUUGGGAUCAUGUUUGCAGUAUAUAUUCUAAUAAUCUUGUGUAAUUCCACUAUUGUGUGCAUCAUCGUAAAUUACCAAAACCUCCAUGAGCCCAUGUACAUUUUUAUUGCAGCUUUGUUAAUCAACUCUGUUCUUUUCAGCACUGCGAUCUAUCCAAAGCUUUUGAUUGACUUUUUAUCUGAGAAACAGAUCAUAUCACAUUCAAUGUGUCACUUUCAAUAUUUCUUAUUUUACACUUUAGGGGGUUCAGAAUUCUUACUGUUGUCAGCCAUGGCUUAUGACAGAUAUGUGUCUAUAUGUAAACCUCUGCAAUAUCCAACUAUCAUGAGAAAAUUGACUAUUAGUAUUUUCUUGGUGUUGGCUUGGCUUCUGCCUGCUUGUCAGGUCGCGGCGUCAGCUGCAUUGAGUGCUACCAGAAAACUCUGUAACUUUACUUUAAACGGAAUCUUUUGUAACAAUUCAGUUCAGAAACUUCACUGUGUGGUUUCAAGAGGACUGUCUGUGUAUGGUGUGAUUAUUUUGCUCAAUAUUGUGUUUUUUCCUAUGCUUUUCAUAGUUUUUACAUAUACCAGGAUAUUUAUAAUAACCUAUCAAAGUAGUAGAGAAGUCCGGACAAAAGCUGCACAGACCUGUUUACCCCACCUGUUGGUUUUAAUCAGUUUUUCGUUGUUGUGUACAUAUGAUAUUAUGAUACUUAGACUGGAAUCUGAAUUUCCAAAAAUUGCACGGUUUAUAAUGACUUUACAGCUGAUUUUGUAUCAUCCUCUCUUUAAUCCGAUCAUAUACGGACUAAAAAUGAAAGAAAUCUUUAAACACCUGAAGAGGUUGUUGUCAGUAAAAUGA